GCCGCCGCAGCCGCGGAGCCGCGAAGCAGCGCCGGCCGGGCCGGGAUGUGACGGGGCGGCCGCCCCGCGCCCGCUGCGCCGCUGCCCCGGGCCCGCGGGCCCCGCGCCCCGGGAGGCUGUCGGGGGGGGGCGGCGGCGGCGGGUCCCCCCCCGCCGCCCCCAUGUCGGAGGGGCCGCCCUACGGCGAGGGGCAGCUGGCGGGGGACGCGGCCGUGGGGCAGCUGCCCUUCCCCGUUCGCCUCCGCGGCGGCGACGGGCUCCUGGCCGGCGGGCAGGGCAAGCGGCCGCCCAAGCUGGGGCAGAUCGGCCGCAGCAAGAGAGUGGUGAUUGAAGACGAUAGAAUUGACGAUGUGCUGCAAAACCUCUCCGAAAAGGCCCCUCCCGGUGUUUAAAGCCUCCCUGGGGACGCUGGGCUGAAGCCCGGGGCGGGGAGGAGGGGGGGGGGGUCGGUUUACAAUGGCAAAAAAUAACCCCCCCAGCACCGCAGCGACCACCCGAGCGAGCACCGGGAGCGCCGUCCUCGCCCUCCUGCAAUCCCACAGCACCACCACGGCACGUCCCGCCCUCCGGAGGCGCCUGGAGGGGAGGGCAGCGAGCGAGGCAGACCCCAGAAAUGAAUCAAAAAAUAACAAAUUAAGAGAAAAAAAAAUUAUAUAUAUAUAUAUAUAUAAAAUUGGGAAAAUAACCACCUGCUCCAGACCCCCCCACCCCGAGGGAUGAACGGAGGUGUCACACCACGGUCUGAGUUACUCGGGAUUGCUUUUGUCGGGCUGAUGAACCUCGUGCCGUGCAAAAUUUGGGGGGGUAAGAGGAAAAAAAUGGGGCGGCAAAAAAGGGGGGGGGAAGGGAGCAGCCCCCGGGGUCUCCCCCCCGGGCCAGGGCUGUUCCCAGCGGGCACCUUGUUUACAUUAUUUAAUCUUGCAAAAAUGAAUCCGUGCACUUGGAUGUACCACGCUAUCCCCUUCCGUAUGAUUUCUUUUUUUCUUUUUUUUUUCUUUUUUUUUUUUUAAUGUUGAUGUCUUUGGAUGUUGGGAAAUUAUAUAAAAUAGAUAUAUAUAUAUAUAUUUAAUUUUAGCCAUGUUUUAAGGUUCUCGAUGGGGGGGAAAACCAAAACUUUUAUAAAGGAAAGGCCCGGAGGAAGAAUUGCUGGUUUUAUUUUUUAAAGCUUGUACUUCUCGGUUGCUGUGAGCAAAGGGAAAGAUUUUAUAUGUACAGGGGGGCGGGGGGGACGCUCGGCUUUUCUAACUACAUGCAGUCUGUAGUGUGGGUGAUCUUGGUUUCUUUCUUUUUUUUUUUCUUAUAUUGUGGCAGUUUCCUCUCUUUAAUAGACUGUAUUAAAAAUAUAUAUAUAUAAAAAAGUUAUUUAAUGUAAUCACAAGAGUGCCAAACACUUGGAGAUGCUGGAGGGCAGCAAUUCCCUCCCCGAGACGAGCAGCACUCGGGGCUUUCUGCUCUUUCUAGGGCUCGGUCGAUCUCUCGUGGGAUUUUCUCUGACUUCUCUUUUCUAAUCUUUCUUUUUAACUAUUUUGCAUGAUGUGCAUAAGAAAAAAAAAAAAAAGGGGGGGAAAAAAAAAGGCGCCUCUGGCGCCCAGGCUUGGUUCUUGUUUCUGUUUGCAAUUGACUGACAGACCUCAAGGCAGGUUUUUCUUUCCUCCUUUUCUUAAAUAUUGUGUAUGUUGCACUUUUAUCCACUACACAGGGCUAUUUCUGCGAUGUCCAAAUAAAAAAGAAAAUGAAACAAAA